ACCGAUUUGGAGCAUUCUUCGAAGGUUUAUAAGACACGUCUUUACUGCGGCUUGCGUCCGUCCAUAGCCGCCCUUCCUGUGGUGCGUCAUCGAGAUUUCCCCUAUGCCGUUGUCGGUCCGCUCUGUCGAACGCCUUCAUGGCGGCGUGGAGAAAGAGACUGAAAAGCAGUCACAUCUCAAUGAUGCAGCUGAGGAACUCCUUGGCCCUCCCUUGUUUCACAUCAGCUCGUUAUGGAGCCCACCCGUCUUGAACCACAUAAACGGCAAAAGCUACACUCUUCCCAUCUUCACCCUCAGUAACCCGUACUCGCGUAACUUUCACCUUUCCUGGCUAGGCUUCUUUGUCGCGUUCCUUUCUUGGUUUGCAUUUCCACCCCUCAUCCCAGAGGCCAUCAAAAGCGAUUUGGCGCUUUCCACAGCACAAAUCAAUAACUCAAACAUUGUCGCAUUGUGCGCGACUUUGGUUGUUCGUUGGGUCGUCGGUCCAUUGAUCGAUAGGUUUGGUCCUCGUUAUGUCAUGGCCGCCCUCUUGAUUGCCGGAGCCAUCCCCUCUGGUCUCGCUGGAACCAUUUCAACAGCAAAUGGCCUCUAUGCCGUCCGCUUCUUCAUUGGCAUCCUGGGAGGUACAUUCGUUCCAUGUCAGGCGUGGACGACGGCUUGGUUUGAUAAAUCGAUUGUGGGACGUGCCAAUGCGCUGGUUGGAGGAUGGGGCAAUAUGGGAGGGGGAGUCACUUUUGCGGUUAUGGUAGCUCUCUAUCAACGGCUCAUCUCCAGCGGUCUCUCUCCACACUCCGCCUGGAGAGCCUCCUUUGCUAUAGUCCCCGUUCCAGCCCUUCUUUUGGUCUCUAUCCUGACGCUCGUUUUCGGCACGGAUCAUCCUGCUGGAAAAUGGUCGCAAAGACACCAGAUACCGGCGGCGGCGCUUGUGCGUCGGCUUGACAACCACUCGAGCCAUCCAAAGAUCACGGAGAGAGAAACGGCGGACCCAGGAAAUGAGGGCGCAACAGUAAAUGAGGAAAAGGCUUCAAAAAUGAUCGAGGAGCUAUCAUCUGAUACUGAUGUUGCGAUCAACGAAGCUCUGACUAUGACAACAGCCAUCCAAAUUAUCUCUUCCCCGCUCACUUGGCUCCCCGCAUCUUCGUAUAUGGCUUCGUUCGGAUUAGAACUGGCGAUUGAUGCCAACUUGACGAGCGUUCUGUACAGCUUGUUCCAUGCACGCGAUAGUGCAUUUGGUCAAACCACUGCGGGCUACUACACCGCUCUCUUCGGCCUUCUCAACGUCUUCACCAGACCUUUGGGUGGAUAUAUGGCGGAUGCCAUCUACAAAACGCACGGCGUCCCAGGCAAAAAGUGGCUCACCCUUGGAUUGUCCUUCUGCAUGGGCAUGGUUUCCAUUGGGUUGGGACGCUACAUCGAAAGUCACGUUCAAGCCCAGCUUCCUCCGUCCCUCGCUGUGAUUAUGAUAUUACUCACUAUCAUCGCUAUCUUCUGCGAGAUGGCCAACGGAGCCAAUUUCGCCCUUGUUCCUCACUGCAACGCAUAUUCAAACGGCGUCAUGUCCGGUAUUGUUGGCGGAAUGGGUAAUCUUGGCGGGAUUUGGUUUACGCUUCUUUUCAGGUACCAACCUGUACCCAUCGGAAAAGCAUUCUGGAUCAUGGGUGCUGUAUGCAUGGUAUUCAACUUGAUGGUCGUGUGGAUUUCUACCCCGAAAUGGUGAUUCAGUGAUUUGUAUUGUUAGACUCAUUAGUCAAACAUGUUUCCGGGUAUGGCUCUGAUGCAUCGCCGCGUCUUCCAGUCCUAGAUUCUCUGCGAUCGGCAUGGUUGGCUUUGUUUCGUGACUCCUUACGCCUCAGCAUCUGCUGUAGUAUUGCACAGAUAGCUCGUCUACCCGCGCAGGCAUCCCAGUGUUCUUGAUGCGACUCGAGCAUAGUAGCUAUCAAUAUCUACACUAACGUCUAAUAGGGCGUGAUUCUCUUACGACAUACAAAAUGGAGUAAUACAGAAGGCCUCUUCGUCGAAUUCGCUUUACCCUCGCGGUGCGAAUUUCCCGACAUGGCUCUACGUGACUUCCCACC